AUGCGCGUCCUUAUUACCAUUUGCCUGCUCGCCGUAGUCUACGGUGAGAGACUGGGAUACAACUACCAGCCCGUGGACCAGCCCAUCUCCGGCUUGUCCUACACGUCCGGUGCUCUUGGCCAGGACCAAGCUGCAUAUAUUCCACCUGCGGAAACUGGACCUAUUGAAACAGCACCCGCUGAGCAGGCGUACCAAGCCCCUGCUGAGCUGCUCAAAGAGUUCUACACCUACACAGCCGACGAGCGCGAUUUCCACGAGCCCAUCAACCAAGAUCAGCUAUCAAAUAAUCUUCGCAAGAACCUGCGCGUUGUAUUCAUCAAGGGACCCGAAUACAGUGGUGUGCAAGAUGCUGCAUUGGCGCUGUCCAAGCAGGCAGCUGAACAACAAACCGCAAUUUAUGUGCUGAACAAGCAGGCCGAUAUCAAUGAUCUUGGCAACAAGCUUAACAACAUUCGCUCCAACACCUACCAGAAGCCGCAGGUGCACUUCGUCAAGUACCGCACCCAUGAAGAUGCUAUCAAUGCUCAGCGCGCCAUUCAGGGUCAGUACGAUCAGCUGGGCGGUGUCUCCACUCACCAGGAUGGCGGCGUCGCAUCCGUGCUGAACUUUGCCUCCCGCGGACCCGCUCCAGCAGGUCCAGCUGUGCACGAGCCCCUUAACUCGUAUCUGCCCUCAUCGGUGCUGCGCACUCGCCUUUAG